UGCUCAGACAAAUUAUCUGUGGUAAUACAAAGACUAUAACGACAUAUUUUUUAUCUGUUUGAAGAAAAAAUCAAUAAUCCAUUGACGUAUGUCAGUUUCACUCUUCUUGUUUUGACAGCGGUGGAGGCAAAAUGUCGGCCCACAAGACAUUUAUUAUUAAGCGGAAGCUCGCUAAAAAGCUUAAACAAAACCGUCCCAUUCCCCAAUGGGUAAGAAUGCGUACUGGAAACACCAUUCGUUACAACGCUAAGAGGCGUCACUGGAGGAGGACAAAGCUCAAGCUGUAAGCUGUGUCUUGUAGCUGUUAAGUUAAUAAAGUUGUAAAAAUAUAA